AUGGAUGACUAUGAUAUGAUGGACGGGGCAGGCGACCAGCCUCAGGUCAAGAUCUCAGGCGCCGACUCUACGCGCGUCGAGUUCCAGCUCUCCAAGACAAAUCUUUCCUUUGCCAACUCGAUCCGUCGCAUCAUCCAAGCCGAAGUGCCCACAAUCGCCAUCGACCUUGUCGAGGUCGAGGUCAACUCCUCCGUUCUCGCUGACGAGUUCAUCGCCCAUCGUCUGGGACUCAUCCCGCUCGACUCCUCGACUGCGAAUGAGCUCAACUUCACCCGUGACUGCGACUGCGAGCAGUACUGCGAACAAUGCAGCGUGACGCUCACACUCAACGCCAAGUGCCAAAGUGACGAGAUUAUGAAGGUGUACGCCAGCGAUCUUGUGGUUGACGGGCGGCAUUCGAGCAACGUGGGGAAGCCGGUCAUCACGGACCCUGAUGGCUUGGGGUGUCUGAUUGCCAAGCUUCGACGGGAUCAGGAGCUGCGCUUGACAUGUAUUGCGAAGAAGGGUAUCGCAAAGGAACACUCCAAAUGGAUGCCAACCUCGGCGGUUGGUUUCGAGUAUGACCCGCACAACAAGCUGGCGCACACCGAUCUUUGGUUUGAGAAUGACACGGACCCCGCGGCGGAGUGGCCCAAGAGCAAAUACGCCGACUGGGAAGAUCCGCCACAAGAGGGCGAACCAUUCGACUAUGAUGCGACGCCGAACAAGUUCUACUUCGAGGUAGAAACAGCAGGUGGCAUGCAGCCCAACCAGAUUGUCAUGUCCGGCAUCGACGCGCUUAUCUGGAAGCUCGGUGGCCUCUUGGUGGGUCUUGGCGUCAGAGAACCAGAAAGGGAAGCAGGCGCUGGCGGCUACGACGGCCCUCGUAGUCCGGACAUGAACAUGGACGGCGGGACGACGCCUUGGGGUCAGGAUGGAUACCAAACAGCCUACGGAGGCGGGGGCCAGACUGCGUACGGCGGUGGCGGUAUGACUUCGUAUGGUGGCGGCUAUCAGACAGCAUACGGUGGCAGGACUGACUAUCAAGGCUCGAGCUGGCAAUGA